AUGAUACCCCGACGGAUCUACGCAGUAACCAAAAGCAACGACGAUAAUCCGUUAAUUCCCUCGCGAUAUCGUUUUUUCUUUCGUAGCUUUUUGCUCCUCUCUUUCUUCACUCUCGUGAGCCAUUUUUUACAUUCAGGUAAAUAUUUUUCUUUUUCUUUCUUUCUUUCAGGCAGCUUCUCACAGACUAUGUCCUUUCUCUACUUUUCUUUCUUUCUUUAUUUAUUUCAGACAGUUUCUCACAUAGCAUGUCCUUUCUCUUCUUUCUUUCUUUUUCAGGCUGCUUCUCACAGAAUAUACUCUCUUUCUUUCUUUCUUUCUUUCUUUAUUUCGUUCUUUCUUUCUUUCUCUUCUUUCUUUCUUUCAGAUAGCUUCUCAGAAUAUGACCUUUUUCUACUUUUCUUUUUUCUUUCUUUAUUUCAAACAGCUUCUCACAGACAAUAUCGUUUCAUCACUUUUCUUUCUUUCUUUUUUCUUUCCUUCUUUCUUAUUUAUUUAUUUAUUCAUUUAUUUAUUUCUUUCAGACAGCUUCACACAAAGUAUGUCCUUUCUCGUCUUUCUUUCUUUCUUUCUUUCUCUCUUUCUUUCUCUUCUUUCUUUCCUUUAGACAGCUUCUCACAGAGAUGCCCUUUCUCUACUUUUCUUUCUUUCUUUCUUUCUUUCUUUUCAGACUGCUUCUCACAGAAUAUACUCUUUCUUUCUUUCAUUCUUUCUUUCUUUCUUUCUUUCUUUAGUUAUUUAUUCCUAUUAUCAAGUUGUAUUUCCUGUCCACAAAGAAGAAUAAAAAUUUAG